AUGCUUCAGACGAUAAACAGGGUCUUCAGCCAUAGCCCCAGCUUCAAGAGGAGGGGAAAGGGGGAUCAUGAAAACGGCGGAGAUAAAUCCCCGCUUAGUGGAAAAGAUUCUACCGCAGGGGACCAGCGACCAGACUCCCCUAUUCGACUCGGAUCGCCGUCGAUUGCAGCGCUUGGCGAGUCGACGCUUAAAAAGAUCGUUAAACGGUCGUUCUAUGGCGACACGUCGGUGGAGCCGCUCGUCGAUGGGAGGGGGGGAACGGGAAGGGAGGUUCCUACGGAAAUGCUCGCGUUCGAAAUUGGAGCCAUCAUGCGUCGCACUCUCGAAAUCUGCGACUCCAUGUCCGAGAAAAUGCUCUCCUCGCUGCGCGCCAACCUUCAGGCGCCUGGCGUGGUCACUUUAAUCUCCAGCGACCUUAGAGUACUAUGGGGCCUCGCGGGGUACGAGAAGCAUCAGGAGCUGCGUUCCGUCGCGUGCCGCGUCGCCGUGCUGGGUCGCAAGUGCCGCGAAUCGCGGCUGCACAAACUCGAGCGGCUCUUUGCGCGGCUAGACAGCAUAGAUGCCGAUUAUAAGAUGUUCUCCGCGUCUUCCGCUGAAGGGGAGGUGCUUCUUAGCAUUCAGGAGUACGGCGAGUGGAACUCGCUGCAGGAGAUGGUGACGCAGGGCAAGCUGGUGGAGAAGCUGCAGGGCCACUGCCUCUGGGCCUACCACCUCGACUUCCUCGUGCAGCUGCUCAUCAUAGCAGCAUGCUACGUACGCAAGAAAAUCUUUGCAGCGUUUGGCCAUGGCAUGUGUCCGCCGCGCAUCCGGGAGGCAUGUGUGGGGGAGGCGGGACUGGCGCUGCACUAUGCCAACGUGGUGGUGCUGCUGGAGCGGAUUAUCCAGCAGCCGGACGAAGUGCUGGGACCCACUAGGGACGAGCUGUAUGAGAUGCUGCCGCGGAACAUACAGUACCUGCUGCGUGUGCAGCUGCAAGACGCUGUCAACUUCCAGGCAGAUGGGCGAGUGGAGGCGAACCUGAAGCGCGGGCUGCUGCUGCUGCCCACCAUGGCGCACAACACCAUCACCUGGCACUCUAUGCACACACCCGGGGCUGCUUUGGACUCCUCUGAAACGGUCUUUCAAGUGCAGACGUUCUACUUCGCGAAUCUGCAAGCGGUGAACGCCACGCUAGUAGAUGUUCUCCUGGGUCUGUGCCGCAUCUGCGGAGUGGAGUCCCCAAUAGGCUGUGUCUCCACGCAGGUGCCUGCCUCCCUCGACUACGCCCAGCUCGUGGCAGAGAAGGUGGCCGAGGCAGAGCGCCAGUUCCGCAAGGCGCUAGGCGCGCGCAAACGCCAAGGGGAGGUGAGGUGGCUUCGGUAG